UUUAACACAGUCUCGAAGUUUUGGGUUUCUGAGGCAGAUGUAUAAUUGGAAGACGCUGCUCGAAAAUCACGUGUCUUAGAGCCGAUGGGAAAGUUAAAAAAGUUUAAGCUUUUCGUUUUAUUAUUUGGUGCAAUUUGCUUUCUAAUUCUCUUGACACACAGUUACACCAAUCGUGAAAAUGAGCCAAUCAUCAGUACUACGCCAGAUCCCAAGUUUCCAUGGAACGUCAACUCGAGUCGUCACUUGAGAGAUUACGUUGCGCCGGAAAAUGAAACAGCCGUCAUUAACAACGUCAACAUCUGCAAUACAAAUGUGUCAAAUGAGAAACCUCUUAUUCUAAUCGUUGUGUGCUCAGCCGUUGCCAACGACAACCUUCGCCAGGCUAUACGUGACACGUGGAUGCAAAAAGAUCAUUCCGUACCUUUUGACAUCCGCACAGUUUUUCUACUCGGCCGGGUAAUGAAUGACGUCAUGUCGCAGCGUGAGACACUAAUUGAGAGCAACAAUCAUGGCGACAUCAUUCAAGAAGGUUUCAUCGAUUCUUAUUUAAAUUUGACACUGAAAUCUGUGAUGAUGUUGAAAUGGGUGAAACAUUAUUGCCCACAAGCGACUUUUGUCCUCAAGACGGAUGACGACAUGUUCGUCAAUACUCGACAACUCUCCGACUAUCUCUCACGAGUCCAGGAUCGCAAAGAUUUAAUCGCAGGAUCACUUUUUCGUCGCCACACACCUGUCAGAAAUAGCCGCAGUAAAUGGUACGUGCCAGAAUUUAUGUACGACUCAAAAUAUUACCCGAAUUACGUAAGUGGGGGAGGUUACGUAAUUAGCGGACCGUUAGUGCCUGUUUUAUUCGACAAAGCUCUGCAAGUCCCGUAUUUCCAUUUUGAAGAUGUUUACCUGACGGGCAUCGUGGCGAAAGCGGCCAAUGUCGUCCCGGAGGACAACACGUCAUUCGGUUUCCGAACGCUUCCAGUGGAUCCGUGUGUGUACCGACAUCUGAUCACUUCGCAUGGCUUGAGUCCAAAUGAACUCAGAUCCAUCUGGCAGAGUGUCAACGACCCUUCACUAAUGUGCCCAUCCGCCCAUUUGCCGCUGGCCAUUUGUUUGUUUAUUUCGUUUUUAUUAGGAGCUUGUCUCAUUUUCAAGUGCUGCCGAUUACGACGUGAAAAACUGGCAAUCUCGCAAAUCAAAUAAUUAAACAACACAUUUGGCAAAUAUUUCAAUAUAAAUGUAUUUGAGACGAUCGU